AGCCUCUCUCUCACUGUGUGCGUGUGAGAGAUUAAUGCUCUGGUGCUGACUGUUGCUCUCAUGCGGGGGAAAUUAAAAGAGGCGUUUUCAAAUGAGAAGAAAACACAACUUCCUUUUAUUUAGCAGGUCGUGGGGCUAUGAAGGACAACCAUCUGCAGCCUGGUUAUGUAUUUAUCACUUGGAAGUGAUUACGCAGUUGGCGGAAGGAAACUGAAAGUAUCGCACGCGCUUUCGCUUUCGCUUGCACGCGCACCAUCUAACUUUAGUUGCGACUCUCCUGGCGCUGAAGCUCGAGGUCCGUUUGUCUAUAUUUAUAUGUUUUUAUUGAGCUGCUUUACACGAUUAGCCUGCAGGAAUUGUGACGAACCCCGCGUGGCAUCAGAAUUAAAAAAAAAGAAAAAAAAAAGUAGUAUUUUCAAACACUUUGCACAUGCACCUUUUUUUUUUUUUUAGAUUCGGAUUUAAUAAAGACGCGCGCGUGUCCUCGUGUCGGAGAUGGAAGCUAAGAUGCACAUGAAAGAGUGGCUGAUAGCUCAGGUGGAGAGCGGGACAUAUGAGGGUCUGUGCUGGGAGGAUGAGGGCAGGAGCAUGUUCAGGAUCCCGUGGAAGCACGCGGCCAAGAAGGACUACAAGCAGACGGAGGACGCGGCUCUCUUUAAGGUCGGCUCACUCUCUCUCUCUCCGGGUCCUCGGACAACGUGGAGGUUAUGGUACAAACUUUUUAAGGCCUGGGCUGUGUACAAGGGCAAGUACAGGGAGGGGAGGGACAGAGCCGACCCCACCAUGUGGAAGACCCGUCUCCGCUGUGCACUCAACAAGAGCACAGACUUCCAGGAGGUCCCUGAACGCAGCCAGCUGGGCCUCACUGAGCCUUAUAAAGUCUACCUUAUCCAGCACAGCAGGCCAGCAGAGUCUCCCCCGACAAAAGACCACGUGAUCCAGGCUCUGAGGUCUCCAAGGAACCCUGCUUUUCUGGACCAGCAGCUUUGUUGUCAAAAGGAAUCCUUUCACAGAAGUAAAGAAGGAGUAAAGACGUUGCCCGAUGGCCUGAUGAGGGAGCACAUGUAUUGUGAGCUCACGGGAAACACAAGUCUAAAUCAGAGUCCCGCUACUAUCCCCUUCCUCAGCCCUACACUGACGAUAUCAGACUUCCGUAUGCAGGUGGUCCUGUUGUACCAGGGCCAGAGGGUGAUGAAGGUGACCACCCGGAGCCCGGAGGGGUGCUUCAUCAUGCAGGGCCGCGUCCCCCUGGGAGACGAGCGGAUCUACGGGCCCUGCUCCGCCCAACAGUUCUCCUUCCCCUCGCCGGGCUCCGCGUCCCUGCCGUCGUGGAUGGCCGAAGCGAUGAACCGCCUCCUGGGUCACCUGGAGAGGGGCGUGCUGUUGUGGGUGGCCCCAGACGGGGUGUUCAUCAAGCGCUUCUGCCAGGGCAGGGUGUACUGGAGCGGCCCGGGGGCCCGACACGCCGACCGGCCCAACAAACUGGAGCGAGACAAGACCUCCAAACUGCUUGACGUGCCCAUGUUUCUCAGCGAGCUCCAGAGCUGUUUACAGGGGAAGGGGCCGACGCCUUCUUAUGAGAUUGAGCUCUGCUUCGGAGAGGAGUACCCGGACCCCAACGUGCCCCAGACCAGGAAGCUGAUCAUGGCCAAGGUGGUGCCCUUGUUUGCGGUGGAGCUGCUGCAGAGGUUCAACUUCGGAGAGCUCGAGGAGAAGCGGCCGGUUCUCACCACCGACACGGACGGGAGAGAAGAUGUAGCGAAGGACUGUGGGUGGGGGGGGGGGGAGAAAGCUGUGAACAAUACACACAAGGGGAAUUACUGAAGUGUUAUCCCUUCCCCCCCCCCAAAUGUAAUCGUCAUAGAAAGACGUCCUCGGAGCAGAUUGCAACGCGUGUGAAGAAACGCUGGAGGUGUCGCAUCCUAGACCUGUUUGCAAUGCGUGAAGGGAUUUUUGUGUACCUUUUUUAAUAUUGCUUUUUCUCUGCUGUGGAAGCAAACAUCUUCUAUCACCCAAUAAAACAUGCUGAAAACAUC